AUGGAGCAGUGUGAUGUUAUGGAGGGGGACCUCAUCUCAUCCUUGUGGACUCCUGCUCUGGUGGUGGACAUUGACAAUGUGAAGAAAAAUGCAGAAAGGAUGAUUGAACGUUACAAGAAGCUGGGAGUGCAACUUCGACCACACAUGAAGACGCACAAAACCAUUGAGUGUGCUGAGAUCAUGACUGGGGGAUCUCGGAGGUGUAUUGUAGUUUCCACUUUGGCAGAGGCCAGUUUCUACGCUGACCAUGGGUUUGAGGACAUCCUUUAUGCGUAUUCUGUUCCUUUUGACAAGGUGGAGCGAUGUGCAGCACUGUCAGAGAGGCUGGACCUCUUCCAGGUUUUAGUGGAUCAUCCUGAUGCUUUGGAGCAACUGAAAAAGAGGCCUCUCCAAGACGGUCGGUUGUGGCACGUUUGGAUGAAGCUUGACUGUGGAAAUGGAAGAGCUGGUGUUUUGCACUCUUCACCUGAGGCUCUGAAACUGGCCCAGGCUAUUCAUGCAGAUGAAAGAGUGGAGCUGACUGGAGUCUAUGCUCACUGCGGAAACACCUACAACUGCAGAGGGGUGGAGCAGAUACAGGCAGCUGCUCAAGAGACCACCACAAUCACGCUGCAAUUUGUGGAAAAACUGAAGGCAGUAGGCAUCAGCUGCAAGUCCAGCAUCGGCUCUACACCUUCAUGUAGUCAUCCUGUCAAAGAUAUGGCCCAGCUCAGUGAAGUUCAUCCAGGAAAUUAUGUGUUUUAUGAUGUCCAGCAGUCCAUGAUUGGCUCGUGCAGCUUAGAAGAUGUGGCUGUAAGGGUUUUGACACGAGUCAUUGGUCAUUGUCCUCACAGGAACCAGCUUCUCAUUGACUGUGGAUGGACAGCACUGAGUCUUGAUGGAGCAGGAAAACUUCCAUCUGGAUAUGCCGUUGUGGAAGGACAUCCAAUUUUAAAGCUGCUGUCUAUGACUCAGGAGCAUGGAAGAGUUGAGCCUAUCUCUGGAAAACUAGACUAUGGGGAAUAUCCGUUAGGCACAAUGCUCAAACUUAUUCCGUACCAUUCCUGUGCUACAGCCGCCAUGCACCCCACAUACUAUGUCCACUCCAAAGACAGAAUUGUGGGAAAGUGGAAACCAACUCGUGGAUGGUGGCGCGGAAACUUGUCAGCCGCAUGUUAUGGUUUUCUGUUAUUUUUCUGUGGUAAAUAUCUGGUUAAAUCCCUGGGAUCAGCUAUGAGUGAGUUGGAGGUGAAGUUCAUUGGGGAUAAAGAUGUCCUGGAGCACAUUGUGGACAAACAUGAAGGAGCACUCAGCGGUGGGACUGUCCAGAAGAUGGUCACUUUCAGGAGUCCCGCUGGGAGACGGGACAAGGAGGAGAAUGGAAAUGAUGGGGGACAACUGAACCAACAAAACUACAUACAGGCGUUAGCAGCAGAAGAUGAUGAUGAGAGUGUGUCCCGUGGAGCAGGAUCUUCAAUAUUCACCUUUCAGAAAAGUAGACGAGGUCACAGUAUGGCGCUAACAGCAAGUGAAUUGGCACGAACUCCUGGAAAGAGCGUUACCUUCAAUACAGCACCUGUUGAACCGUCUACUCCAACUCGAACAGGCCGAAAUGCCAAAGGAGAAUCCCGUACACCGCAGAGGAAUAAAAAGAGGCAGUUUGUUUCCACCACACCUCAUAGACUCAGAAAGCGCAUGACAACGCUAAACCUGCGAUCGGACAGUGACAGUGAGUUGUCCCCCUCUGACUCUGGAGAAGAACAAGAGGAGGAGGAAAUGACGGAGACAAAAAAGGACGAAAAGGAAAAUGUGAAAGUUCUUCGGACACCAAGUAAAGGUUUAUCAGCCGCGCUUCACAAAACUCCAGCAAAAAAGACAAAGAACGCUCCUGCGCAUCAGGCCAGUCUGGUGGAGGAGUAUUUUGAAGCUCACGGCAGUUCAAAAGUACUGACCUCUGAUCGGACACUUGAUAAGUUGAACACCCCUAAACUCGACAGGGAGACAUUAAUCAGGCUUUUAGAAGGAAAACCGUCAUGUUACGCUAAAGAAAUCCAAGAACUUCAUAAGAAAUAUAGCCAGCAUUUUAACAAAUGGAUGUUACAGUUACAAUUAGGAUUUAGUGUCCUGGUUUACGGAUUAGGAAGCAAAAAGUCUUUGCUGGAGGAUUUCCGGAUCUCUCAACUAUCUCAAGAACUUCAUCUUGUAAUCAAUGGCUUUUUCCCCUCUAUUACCCUAAAAUCAAUUUUAAAUGCCUUGACAAGUGAGGUGCUGGAGCAUCAUGGAAGUUUUCGAACUCCUACAGACCAGAUUCAGUUCAUCUCUCAAACCCUUAAAGACAGUCCUGAUCUACAUAUCUAUAUUAUUAUUCACAAUAUUGAUGGACCCAUGCUGCGAGGAGAAAAAUCUCAAAGCGCACUGGCACAACUUGCUUGUUUGCCGAACCUACAUCUUGUUGCUUCUAUCGAUCAUAUCAAUGGUCCACUCGUGUGGGACCAGUCUAAGCAAAGUCAGUUUAACUGGCUGUGGUGGGAGUGUGUUACAUUUCAACACUACGCAGAAGAGACGUCGUAUGAAAACUCGCUGUUGGUGCAGCAGACUGGGACUUUGGCGUUGUCUUCUCUCACUCAUGUGCUGCGAAGUUUAACCCCCAAUGCAAGAGGAAUCUUCAAACUGCUGGUCAAAUUUCAGCUCGAGAACAAAGACAACCCGUCAUAUACAGGAUUGUCUUUCCAAGACUUUUAUCAGCGAUGUCGUGAGGCCUUUUUAGUGAACUCCGACUUGACGUUGAGGACUCAGUUGACUGAGUUCAGAGAUCAUAAACUGAUCCGCACACGAAAGGGUGCAGAUGGAGUGGAGUAUUUACUCGUCCCUGUGGAGGCAAAUACUUUGGUCGACUUCUUGGAAAAUGAAGAGGCUGAAUAA